AUGGCUGACGGCUUCUACAACACAGACUGGGGCAACCAGGAAGCGCAGGGCUCCUCUUACGGCAGCUACAACCCGAACGCGUAUUCGAAUCAAGGGUUCACGAACCAAGCCUACGACGGCGGCCAAUUCACGCCGCAGACCAACUUCGCCGGUCAAAACAUGGACCAGGAUCCGCCGACAGACCACGAUCCCUACACGGGCACAUUCGACUCCGAGCCGCCGCUGCUCGAAGAACUGGGCAUCAACUUCGACCACAUCUACCAGAAAACCAUCGCCGUGCUCAACCCUUUCAAACACACCGAAUCGGCCAUUGUCAACGAGGUCGAUCUGACGGGCCCAUUCGUUUUCUGCAUGGCGCUGGGGACGGCGAUGCUCAUGGCCGGAAAGGUUCAUUUUGGAUACAUUUAUGGAAUUGGCGCGGUCGGCGUUGUUGGCAUGUGGGUUCUGCUGAACUUGAUGGCUCCAAAGGGCGCCCACCUCGGCGUGAUCGCUUCGAUCCUGGGCUACUGCAUCCUCCCGAUCGUGCUUCUCUCCUUGCUCAACAUCUUCCCCUUCUUCGACCUGAGAGGCAUCGUCGGCACUGUUUGCUCCAUCGCGAGCGUGAUCUGGUGUGCGGUCAGCGCGUCGAAGCUGUUUUCCGACGGGCUCGAAAUGAAGAGGCAACAAGUGCUCGUUGCUUACCCCUGUGCAAUUCUUUAUUCUGUCUUCGCACUUUUGACCGUUUUCUGA